AAGCUAAGCACAUUAUCUUUCUAUAUUUAUUGUGUUAAUAAUAAAUAUACAAAGAUUAUCAAAUAUUUGAAGGGUAUAUAUAUAUAUAUAAGAGCGCGCAGAGCUCAAGAGGGGUUGCGGGCUGGGAUGUCGAGCUGUGAAUCACAGAUGGGUUCUUCUUCUUUUUCUGUAUUGUUUAUUGUUCUUUUUGGUUUGGUUUUGAAUGUUGCAGUGCUGUGUAAUGGAGGCAAAACCAGUAGUUUCGUUAGGCCAGUGGAGAAAACUGUUGACAUGCCUCUUGACAGUGAUGUUUUUCAAGUCCCUCCAGGCUACAAUGCUCCCCAGCAGGUGCACAUAACACAAGGUGAUCAUGAUGGAAAGGCAGUUAUUGUAUCAUGGGUGACCGAGGAUGAACCAGGUUCAAGUAAUGUGCUUUACUGGAGUAAAAGUAGUCCACAUAAAAAGCAGGCCAAAGGCAAAUAUACUACCUACAAGUUCUACAACUACACCUCCGGUUAUAUUCAUCACUGCACCAUUAGAAACUUGGAGUACAACACAAAAUAUUACUAUGCAGUUGGGAUUGGUCACACGACAAGGCAAUUCUGGUUUGUGACUCCUCCUGCUGUUGGUCCUGAUGUUCCCUAUACAUUUGGUCUCAUAGGGGAUCUUGGUCAGAGUUUUGAUUCAAACAAGACACUUACUCAUUAUGAAAUGAACCCACAAAAAGGACAGACGGUGUUGUUUGUAGGAGACCUCUCUUAUGCAGAUAACUACCCGAAUCACGACAAUGUGAGGUGGGAUACAUGGGGAAGGUUUACAGAGAGAAGUAUUGCUUAUCAGCCUUGGAUAUGGACAGCAGGAAAUCAUGAGAUCGACUUUGCCCCUGAAAUCGGUGAAACUAAACCAUUUAAACCAUAUACUCAUCGUUAUCAUGUCCCGUAUAAAGCAUCAGGCAGUACUACUCCUUUUUGGUACUCCAUCAAGAGAGCUUCAGCAUAUAUAAUUGUCUUGUCUUCAUAUUCAGCGUAUGGUAAAUAUACUCCUCAGUAUGAAUGGCUUGAAGAAGAGUUUCCAAAAGUUAACAGGACCGAGACACCAUGGUUGAUUGUUCUUAUGCAUUCCCCAUGGUACAAUAGCUACAACUAUCAUUACAUGGAAGGAGAGACCAUGAGAGUAAUGUAUGAGCCAUGGUUUGUUAAGUAUAAAGUGGAUGUCGUUUUUGCUGGGCAUGUUCAUGCCUAUGAGCGAUCUGAACGCAUAUCAAAUGUUGCAUACAACAUUGUAAAUGGAAAAUGCAGUCCAGUAGAAGAUAAAUCUGCCCCAGUUUACAUUACAAUUGGUGAUGGAGGAAAUCUUGAAGGCUUAGCAACCAACAUGACAGACCCACAGCCAGCAUAUUCAGCAUAUCGCGAGGCCAGUUUCGGCCAUGCAAUCUUCGAUAUUAAAAACCGAACCCACGCUUACUACAGUUGGCACCGGAACCAGGAUGGAUAUGCUGUAGAGGCUGAUACUAUGUGGUUCUACAACAGAUACUGGCAUCCAGUUGAUGAUUCUACAAGUGCUCCAUUGUAAUGACAAAUUGUGUACUUCGUUCUGUUGAAAUUUUAUGGAAUUAGUCAAUGCAUAACUUGACCAUAAUACAAAAAGAAUUUCCUAUUAA